AUGGACAUGGAUAAAGUGGAGGAUUUUGCAAGUCAUAAUGAUCGAUUACCACCUUCCAAACUAAUAACAAUUCUAUGUAUUGAUGGUGGAGGCGUCCGAGGAAUUAUUCCAAGCACCAUUCUAGGAUUUCUUGAAGCUAAACUACAGGAAUUGGAUGGUCCGGAUUCAAGAAUUGCGGAUUAUUUUGAUAUCAUCAGUGGGACAAGUACUGGUGGACUUGUCACAGCUAUGCUAACUGCACCAAAUGCACAAAACCGCCCACUAUUUGCAGCUAAAGAAAUCCCUCAGUUCUAUCUCGACCACUGCUCAAGGAUCUUCCCACAAUCGAAUCGUGGGAUUUUUGACAAUGCCAAAAAGUGGAUUCAUGACAUGGUUGGAGGACCAAAAUACGAUGGUGAAUAUCUUCAUGGACUUUUGAAAGAAUUACUUGGAGAAACCCGAUUGCAUCAAACGUUGACUACGGUUGCUAUUCCAACUUAUGAUUUGAAACGAAAACACAGCUGUAUUUUCACAACUGAAAAAGCAAAAACCUCUCUAAUAGAGGAUCCCUUACUCUCAGACGUCUGUAUUGGUACUUCUGCUGCACCAACUUACCUUCCUCCUCACCGGUUCCAAUUAAAAGCCAAAGUCCAUGAAACAGAAGAAGUACGAGAGUUUAACCUCAUCGAUGGUGGGGUAGUUGCCAACUGCCCGAUAAUGCUUCCAUAUGGAUUGAUUCCCGGAGUCUGCAAGGGAAAUCCAAAUUUCUUCACCCAGGGAAAGGGAAAAGUUGUGAUACUAUCAUUAGGGACGGGAUCAUCAACAAUAUUAGAGGCAGAAAAAAAGGAAAUAACAGCGGACAUUGCAGCUAAAUGGGGAGUUGCGGACUGGUUACGCUACACAAAUGGACUCAGCGAUUUGUUCUCUCCAGCAGAGUCUGACAUAUCAUAUUACGACAACGCAUCUAUCAUAGCUCUCUCUCAACUCUGGCUCGGUGCUAAUCAAAUUGAUUUCUUCAGAAUUCAACAUAACUUCACCAAGAGUGAAAGUAGUUCAUUAUCUUCAAUGGACAUAGCUACAAAAGAAAAUCUUGAGAGUCUUGUCAGAUUAGGCCAGGAUUUGUUAAAGAAACCUGUUACACAAGUGAGUGUGGAGACAGGUCAACUUGAACCAGUUGUGCAUAAUGGUCAACAAAAUCUCCAGCAAGAAACGAAUGAAGAAGCACUCGCGAGGUUUGCCAAACUAUUGUCAAGUGAAAGGAAGGAUCGGCUUGGAAGAAACUACAGUAACGUCUCGAAUACAGAAAGUGCCAUGGAUGCUAGUUUAUUAUCGAGUUGUCUCUAG